UGCAAACUUUUUUCUACGUUCAAGGGUUUUCUUCAGGGCCGAUCUUUUCUCUCAUCAAUGUAUUCGCUUUCUAGGUUAGUGGGUUUUGUGUAUAUGGCUAUUAUUCAGUCUAAAUCUCUGUUUUUCUUCACUUUGCUUUUGGUUUUGAGUCUUCUUUUACUAUUGCUGCUAUUGUUCUUAAUCUUUCUGCUGAUGUUCUUCAUAUUCCCAGCAAGAAAUCUUCAUCUGAUACCCAAUACCCUUCGAAAAAUAAACUUGUUUUUAAGGUUUCAAGUCCCAAGUCUUCUUUGGAUCGAAGGGACAAUGAAUCCAGCAAAAGGAAGUCUUCGCACGGCAAAGGAAUGUUGAAGGCGAAGUUAUUCGUAAGAAACGGAGGAUCAAAAGAUCUCGUCAUACUGUUAAAUUCGAUACGUCUGUUCAUAUGCCUGAAGUUUCUUUUACAUUUGGUGACGAUGUUCCACUGCCUCAAUCCCCAGUUGCGCCUACUGUUUCAUCUAGUGGAGCUCUCUCACUGGGUCUUCCAGAAAUCGGUAUUUCCAGUGCUGAGAUUAUCACUCCUUCUUCCUCAGUAGAACUACAGAACAGUUCAUCUUUAAAGGAUGUUGUCGCCCCUUCUUCAAAGGAUGUUUCCGCCUCCUCUUCAUCCUUUGUUAUGAUCACAUCGCCCAUUUAUGUGGUUAACGAGACUCCUCCUACCAGUAAGAGUGUUUUAGAGAAUGCUAGCUCUGGUGUUGAGUCGAUAUUGAAGAUUUGCAAUACCUUCCUUUCUUCUAAGAGCAAGUCGUAUGGUGGAAGAGUUCCAUCUUCCAUCUUCCACGCCACCUCAGCAUUUGGAAUUGUGGAUGGAAGUGCAAGUGUAGCGAUGGAAUAGUAGAAACGCGAUUCUUAAUAGCGCUGAGCGCUAUUAAGAUUAUCGCUUUUUUUCUCAGCCGUUA